AUGGUUGCGCUGGCCUCUGUAUUUAACCCGCUCAAGACUGCGACCGGCCUUGGUUGUGUCGCCUACACCGCCCUUCACUUUUGUAUACGAAGGCAUUCCUUCUCCGUAGUUGGUGAAUGGAACCGGCUUCCUUGGGACCUCAAAGUCAUCUACUACCUUCACGAAGCCGAUAAUAUUGGACUCCAAAUCCUCCUCAUGACAAGUUUAGUGGCCUGGCUAGGCCCCGAGACAUGCCAGAUCGCCUUGAAGAGACAUAUACCAGCUUGGAUGAAGGAGUUACUCCCGCACUUCAUCGCCAAGAAUCUCUGA